GAAGUUCUGUUUCUAUCGAGAUUACGUUUCAAUCGAUCGCACCAGAUGUCACCAGUUCUCCGGUUAAUUGAAUUUCAACCUUAGUAAAUGUCAAACUAACGUAGGGAGAGGAUGAUGAUUGAAUUAAAAAAAAACGCGAUAAAAUAUUAUCAAAACUUACACAUUUAUAAUUAGUUACAAUAUGUCGUAUUGUUAUGUGAAUUAUACGAAUUACGUUACACGUGACAUAAUACUUUAUAGUGUUAUAAAUAUUUAAAGUGAGGUUAUAAUUUUUAAAUUAGUUCUAAUUUUUAAUAUACAGGAAAUAAAAUGUUUAUCUUUAAUCGAUUACGUGUGUUUGCAAUCAAAAAUAAAAAAUCAUUUUGCUCACAAAUAUUUAAAAGAAAUUGUGUAAAAUAUGUGCAAGGACAGUCUCCAGAACCUCGAGUUCGUGAAUAUUUUUAUUAUAUCGAUCACCAAGGCAUGUUAUUCCUAGAUGAUUCACGUAUGAAAAACUUUACAUCAUGUUUCAAAGAUAAAAAGUUUUUGGCAUUCUUUUUUAAACGUUUAAAACAAAAUGACACUGGCAGAUAUAUGGAAGAUUUUCCUUAUAUUUCUCUUUGUGGUCCAGAGAGAAAUUUUGUCAGGUGUGAUGAUUUGCCAAUAGUUUUUACAAAAAUUCUUCAACAAAAAAAUAAUGAAACAGGUAAAAAUGAAGAUUGGUUUGGUUAUGCUCAUGCAGAAGAAGUAUUAAUGGUACCAUUUGAACCAAAAAAAUUAUAUAUGAAUCAAUCAGGAAGAAUAUAUCAUCCUGCACCAAAAAAAGCAGGAGGAAUUGGUCUGGUAAGAUCAAAAAUUGCAAUCGAGCUUAGUUCAUCAUUUAAUUUUGAAGAAGGAGAGGAAAAGGGUCCAACUCAUUUUUUUUGGAAAGAUAAAAUGUAUACUUUAGAUUGUAACUGGUUUAAGGAUAAAAUAUUGCUAGCUAUCAGAUAAAAAUAAAUAAAUUUUAUUUUUAAUUCAAAAAGAAAACAAAGCAUAAUAUAUGAACAACUUUCAUAAAAUGUACAUAUAUUUUAGAUAAUAACAAAGAUUCUAUAAUUUUUUCUAUCUAAUAAAUUUUGUUAAGGUAAAGAUGAAAUGUCAAAAAUUCUAGCUGUAAAAUCAUCAGAUGUUGUCAAUGCUUUUUCUCCAUUUCUGAAAAAAAUGUUAUUAUGUAUUUUUUUAUUAAAAUAUUGUUAUAAAAAAAAA